AUUUGAUUAUUUCGAUUAUUUUAGUCAAAAAGAAUUUCAAUCGAAAAUUUAAGGUCCUACACUGGAUUCAACUAACUUGAAAUUAUCACGGACAACAUCUAGCAAUAGUUGUUAUUAACCAAAUAAUUCUGCUUUUGUAGGAAAAAGGGAUUUUUCCAACUCUUCUCUUUUCUAAUGUUCCUCCAUUUUAGGUUUCCUGACAAUUUUUUUAAGACCUAGACAAACAUCUGAUGAGAAAUCCAGGACUGUCUACCAAAGUGAACACAUUCGCAUUAAUCGCUAUAUCUCUCGCCAUCAACUACGUAUCCUGCAAAAGGAUGAAUCUCACUCAGCUGAUUAAGGACAGUUUCAGAAGGCAGCCUCAGCUGUAUAAUCAAUAUAGUCUGCGUGACGGACAACUGAGGGGUUUCUCUUAUCUGUCAGAAGAUGAUUACAAUGAGGCAAUGGAGAAUGAGGACAAGCUGCAACAGCUAAACAGAGAUAACAGGAAUUUAAUGAUUCAAUACAAUGAUCUUUGCAAAACGAAAGUGACGAAAAUCGAUUUGAUGGACGAUCCCGUUUACGACUAUCAACCGUCGCAUUAUUUCGAGAUCUCCUGCGAGGGAUUUGACGACAAUGAAGCGAUAAUGGGGGAACGUCCGCAACAGAAAUGCGCUUAUCCAGGAUUUCAUUGCGUGCAGAGAAGCCGGCAGCUGUUUCUAUCCAGACGACGAUGGGAAUCCGAAUGCUGGGAACCGCACAUGAUGGAGAUCAAGAGCGAUUGCGAUUGCAUGUGGCCGGCCACUCUGAGCGACAUAAGGGAUCAUUAUUGAUCUACCGAUGGCAAAUCCGUCAAUUACUAGAACUCGACGUUUCACUAUAUAGUACAAAAAUAUCGAAAAGCUUCUAUAUUUGCAAUAUGUAAACGAGGUCUCUCUUAAAAAUAUUUAUUCACUGUAUUACAAAUAUGAAUAAGUGAAAUAUAACGGAUACCAAUUAA